AUGAUCUUACCUUUGGCAUUGGCAAUCAUACGUAUCAAGAGACGUACUGGGAAAAGUAUCCACGAAAUUAUUGCACGUCUAUUGGACGAAAUCGAUCCCCAGAUUGUGGCACUUUUGCAACCCUACAACUUGGAUUAUUAUUCCUACACGUUGACUCGGAAUUCUUACUACGAUUUAUCAUCUACCCUCGAAAUCAUCAAGUAUUUCCUUGUCAAUGGCACAUCAAAGUUCCAUAACCAGUUGGUGUUUACAUUUUUAGCCAAAAUCAAGUCCAAAUCAUUCACUCCCCAGCUCCAGCAAUUCACCUUAGAAUGUUUGCAAAUAAUAGGCAACUCAUCACAUACAAAGCUAAAAUUACUAUGGUUCUAUCAUUUUUUAUUGAAAUAUAAACCUUCCCAGGUAGGUCCGUUUUGCUUAUCGAAUAUGUACAAGAUUAUAAAAAAGAAAAGGUCCUAUGGGUCCAUCUCCAAUGCAACCAUUUCCAACCUAGUGGCCAACCUCCAACCUGAAACGUACCCAUUCUCGGUAAAACACAUCAACACCUUAGUUUUAUUCCAUUUCAAAUUGCUAAAGAAAAUCAACUACCAGCCAGCAACAGUCAAGGCUCUCUUAAUCAUCCAUGAUAACCCAGCUAUUUUACAUAUUUCCAUGCUUUCUUGCUAA